AUGGUGCUGUUGGUUUUUAUCUGCUGCGGAACGAAAGCUGUUUCUUCGUUUUACCGUUCCUGUUUGAACACCAUACCGUUGCACCUGCUGCUCUGCCAACUGCAGGAAAGUAGGAAACCAUUUUUCGUGUUAUCACUCUUUGCGAAUGCCAUCUCAACACGGUUCCAGACCAAUUAUGAUGUGCCAUCACAAAAAAAUAUUUUUUUUGCCUACCCUCACAAAAGCACAAUGGCAGUACCAGUACAAGAGGCUACGAAACGACGCACCUUCAAGAAAUUUACGUACCAGGGCGUAGACUUAGACGAUUUGAAGACGAUGCCACUAUGCGAUUUAAAGGAGCUGUUUCCCAGUUCGUUUCGCCGCCACGUAAAUCGUGGCUUUUCCGAGGAGGAACAUAUGCUGAUCAAGCAGGCAGAGAGGGGUGAGUCGGGCAUCAGAACGCAAUGCAGGAAUAUGAUGAUUCUGCCGAUUAUGGUUGGGAAUAUCAUCGGUGUUCACAACGGAUGCAAUUAUGUUGAGAUUGAUGUUAAGCCUGAGAUGAUAGGAAGACGAUUUAAGGAUUUGGUGCCCACUAAGACUUCGAAGGCGCACGGCAAACCAGGUGUGGGUGCGACAAGUUCUUCCAAGUUUGUGCCGUUGAAGUAAAAUCAUCUUUUUUAAGA